AUGUGCGGACCCACGCAAGCGCAGCUUCUAUCGAAGCCGAUAUCAGCAACAAGCUUGGUUGAUGCGAUAGCCGAUCUGUAUCCAUCAGAUGUGGUCCCUCCCCAAUCAGCAGAAUAUCGGAGGCAGCUCAGCUUCUGCCAAAAAAGGCUGCUACGUGGGGACAGCUUCGAAGUUUUCGAUCACAGCAGUCAACCUGCCUCGAACAGCCCUCCUCAAAAUCAAAAAGACACAGUCCAGACCAACAAUUCAGCAAUGUCACAUGUCAAUGCGAAUCUUCAAUGGCAGCCCCAAGCAUUUGCUCUUCCGCGUGUUCCUUCGUUCCAAGUUGAAAGGCAGAGUGGGUACGAUUUGCCAACGAGCAAGACAACAUCCUUCGAUGCUAGCUUUCCGUAUGUCCAGUUCAAUCAAAAUUCAGCUUUGUUUCAGGGGCAAGCAGCUUUCAACAAUCUUCUUCGAUCGACGCUGGACACCCAAAAAAUUGCCAAGGGCAAGUACCAUGCGUUCGGCUCGCCGCUCAUUGAGACCGCACCCGACGAGUUUCUCGAAAGCAAGAAGGUCACGCCUCGCACGCAAUGGACGAAUGAGGAGCAUGAGAAGUUUUUGGUUGCGCUGGAUCGAUUCGGCACCACCAAGACAAGGAUAAAAAACUCUACAGGCCGAGUCUUUGUUGGUCUGGGACCUGGAGUGGCAGAGCUUAUUGCUGCCGCCGUCGGUACAAGAUCUGUGCAGCAGAUACGCUCUCAUGCACAAAAACAUUUCCUGAGAGAAAACAGGAAAGAGCACUCAGCUUUCCAAACGUCCAAUUGA